AUGCCAAUACCAAAAAGAACGCUUCUACCAAAUAAUCCACCACGAAAAGAAAAUGACAAAAUAACAAAAAUGAUCGAAAAUGUGCAAAAAGCAUUCCCAGACAUAAAGACCACGCUCGAGAUUCGUGAACUAAUUGAGCCCGCAGCGCAAACUCGUGCCAAAGGAACACCAAGGCCACAAAAUUGUUUCAUGUUAUAUCGUAAAGAGAUAUCUGCAAAAGCAAGGUAUACCGGUGAAUCUCAAUCAGUGGGUGCUUCUUCAAAAACGGCAUCAGAGACAUGGUCAGAAGUUUCUACAAGAGAAAAAAAUUUUUGGCAGGCGUUAUUUGAGAUUGUCAAAGAACAACAUCUGGAUUCUUCGACAGGAAUGAGCGAUGUCGAGUCAUCAUCCGGUUCAUCAAAUGAAUCGUCUUCAUUUCAUUCGACCGAAACGAGCAUACACGAUUCAUUCGAUAAUUUUUCAAGACUCCCGCAUACUUACUAUGCCCUGAACAAUGAUAAUUCAACAGAAAUUAAUGGAAAUAAUUUUGAGCAAUCUUAUGCAUGCUUAAGUUCAAUCACUCCAUCUCAUGAUGCUACUACAUCAGAGUAUCAAUAUAUUCACGACAGUAAUCAAUAUACCUUGGAUGAUUACGGCCAGCGUCAAGAACUAAAGCAAAAAAAUAAUUAUCAUAAUUUGCCCGAAGAGAUCUUAUCCAAUUAUUUUUUUGAGGCAGAAGGAAAAAAAGAAUCUCGAUUAUCUUUGCCAAUGCAACCUUUCCCGCAGCAUUAUCUUAAUUAUCCUGUUUAUCCUGCACAGACAUCAUAUUUUAUACCCCUCGAAAUGAUUUACAAUGGACAGCUAUCAUCACGAUCAGAUCAAAGACUAUUUUUUCCGACAUCUCAGCAAUAUGAUAGUCCCAUUGCUCCAAAUCACAAAACACAAGUGACAGCAACAACCGAAUUAUCAGUUCAACUACCGUAUCAUUUUUCACCAUAUCAAAUGACAAUAGACGAAAUACAACAAAGACAACUCCAUGAUGAUUCCAAUACCAAGCAAAAUAACGAUAGCACUAACAAAUAA